AUGGGAAGGGAUAGGGACAAAGGCGGAGAACUUCUUCUGGGUACACUUCGAACACAUCAGAAGGCUGCUUGUGAUGAGGAGAUGGUGACACUCAUAUGUCCUCGAGGAACCACCAUCAGUAUCCAAGUUGCGCAGUAUGGAGCUUCGGCUACGCAAGGAUCCUGUGCUUCAGACCUGGCGGAGUAUCAGCCGGUAGCUGUUGAAGUUACAGUGGUGGAAGCGUGUCAGAAGAAGCGACAGUGUAAAUUCCACACAAGCCCCAAGGCCUUUGGAGUCGACCCCUGCCCGGGUUCUAGAAGAUUCGUUGAAGUCGCAUACAAAUGCCGUCCCUACGAGUUCCGAAGUAAAGUUGGUUGUGAGAAUGAUGUACUGCACUUAAGCUGCAAUCCUCACUCGAGGGUUGCAAUAUACUCAGCUCAGUAUGGAAGAACGGAAUAUGACUCAAUUCAAUGUCCACAGCCACGAGGGAUGAAGGAAGAAACUUGCUUGGAGCCGUAUGCCACGGAGACUGCCAUGAGAGAGUGCCACGGGAAAAGAAGAUGUGUUCUCUCCGCAGACAGUAACAUGUUCGGCAAGCCCUGCCGAGCUGGGAGUCGAACCUAUCUCAAAGUUGUUUACACUUGCGUUCCCCGUACGGUGUUAAAGGAGAGGUACGAGAGUGCCCCUGAAGAGGAUGAGGUUGCUCACGACGUGUCCGAUCUUGAACACGAUGAAGUCGAUGAGACCAAUGACCGCUGGUGGGGUGAGUCAGCAGUGCCACCAGCUCCAGCAGUAGCUGCAGUUCCUCCUCAACGGCCUACAGCCUCCACUAGCCUUAACAUCACUAGUAUCAGUAGAGAUGAACCCUCAGCGUCACCACCACGACAUCAUCUGGCUAAUGAUGAUCAAUUCGACAUCAUUUACGUAUACAUCAUAGCUGGAGUCGCUGUUAGUCUACUACUUUGUAUCAUCUUGGGCGUAAUUCGCUGCGUCAUGACCAAACAAACCUCCGAACAACCAAAGGGCCCAGACGUCUCAGCCACAACAGAAAUCCCUAACGGAUUCAACGACAGCAUAUCAGAAGUCGAUAACGAUAUCAACAUAACCAGUCUAUCUGGACCCGUCGACACAGUUGACUCGGGUAUCAAGCAAGAUAUUCAGUACUCCAACGUGGCUCUUAGUCCCAAAAUCAAUAAGUAUGUUGGCCGACCAGUGCCCAAUACGUAUCCUCAUGUGAGCACUAAUAUGUAUGGACAGGUGGCCGAAUUCCCUAUAGAAAUGCCUCUUCGAACUAUGCCGCAUGGCACGUUAGGGCGCGGAGUUGCGGUCAAAACUCUGCCAAGAGUUCAAAUACAAUCUGAAACGGACCCUAACACAAGGAGUUUAUAUCGAUAUUCUAACGCCCAAUACUACUUCGGGUGACAACAAGACAAAAGCCAGUGUUCGGACGUAUCCAGAACUUACUGUUUCUAGUUGAAUCGUGUAGUGGAGUGUAUAUAGUUCACGGACUAACUAGUGAAGUUUGUAAUGUUCUACUUUUAAAUACGGAAACUGUGAUAUUAAUUGAAAACUUUCCUAUUGUACUGCGAACAGUUUUCCAACUGUAGACACAGAAAGACAGUGUGGUUGUUCCUCCGUUGUGUAUUGAGAGAUGGAUCGUUGUUAGCGGGACUUUGUUACACUGUAUUGACCUUUGAUAACUAAGUAUUGUUUUGCAUGUCGAACAAAUCUGUGUGUUCAUUUAGGUAUUCACAUUGUUCCUUGGGGAGUUGGACGUAGUUAGGGGCUGAUGUAUUAUUAAUCUGUAUGUUCAAGUAAUGAAUUUCCUGUAUAGUCGGAUUGUGUGGAGAGCCUAGCUAGUAUGUGGGUACUUUGGUUUCAUGCCAGCUCCUGUCAGGAUCGUGCUAAAAGCCAAAAAAUCUUUAUUUAUUGUUUAACAUGUUGUAUACGUAUGUUUUUGCGGAGAAUUCGCUUUGUUUAUAGCUUACUAAUUUUCUUUCGACGCCUCCGGACGUUGGUGGUUCGCGAAUUAUUUAAAUUUAUUUGUAAUUCAAAGAAUGAGUUGGAUUGUAUUCUGUUCAUGUUAUGAUUGUUUCUGAAACUUUCGAUGUAAGUAACUUCAAGACUAAUAAAAAUUGUUUGUAUAUUGUAAGGAACCCAUCUGUUUUUGAACAGGCUAAAUUGUGUCAGAU